AUGUCACCGCCGCCAACAACUCACCAUUCCCGCCGUGAAUCUUACCCCGGUCCCUUCCCUUCUCCCCUUUCACCAUCAUCCUCAACAACCCCACCUCAACCCCUCUUCCACACGCGCCGCGAGUCCUGUCCAAGUCCCUUCCCUUUCGCCACGUCAUCGCCGCCGGAGACUAACCGCCACAACAACAACCUCUCUCAACUUACACGCUAUGAAUCCGAUCCUGGUCUCCUUCCUUCCACGUCAUCAUCGUUCUAUAUCAAACACCAUCAUCAUCAAUAUCAUCAUGUCUAUAACAACCAUAACAAACUCCUCUACAACAAGGAUAACGACCUCGUUUGGCCGUUCCCCGAGCUCAACGGUCUUGAUCACAACGACAUAAGGGAAACCGCCUACGAGGUCUUCUUCACGGCGUGCCGGUCUGAGCCGGGAUUCGGUGGCCGGAGCGCGCUCACGUUUUAUUCUAAAAAUGAGAAUGCCGGCUCCGGCAACGGUGGAACGAGUCCCGGCCAUGGACAAGUGUUGAAGACAAGUAGGGUGAAGCGAGCCCUUGGGUUGAAGAUGUUGGGAAGCUCAUUCUCCAGGAGAAUGAUGUCCUCCGGAGGAGGUGGUGGAUGGCUGUCACCGCCGUAUUCGCCGGUGGUUGACGGUAGCCCUCGGUCUCGUGCCGUGCCCCCGCGGCGAUCAAUGACUAUGGCAGAUGUCAUGAGAGUGCAGAUGAGGGUGUCGGAGCAUAGUGAAAACCGGCUAAGGAAAACCCUCAUGAGGACCCUUGUUGGCCAACUUGGCCGGCAAGCAGAAACUAUCAUCCUCCCCUUGGAACUCCUUCGACACCUAAAGCCUUCAGAAUUCAAUAAUUUCCUUGAGUACCAUUUGUGGCAAAAGAGACAGCUUAAGAUUCUUGAAGUUGGGCUUCUAUUGCAUCCUUCAAUACCUGUAGAAAAGACCAACACAUUUGCCAUGAACCUCAGGGACAUUAUACGUAGUGGGGAAGAAAAACCUUUAGACACUGGCAAAAACUCAGAUACCAUGAGAACCUUUAGCAAUUCUGUGGUUUCUUUAUCAAUGAGAAGUCCUAAUGGUAUUCCCACUAACAUUUGCCACUGGGCUAAUGGAUUCCCUGUCAACAUUCACCUCUAUAUUUCUCUUCUUCAAUCCAUUUUUGAUCCAAGGGAUGAGACAUUAGUCCUUGAUGAAGUUGAUGAGCAACUUGAGCUAAUGAAGAAAACAUGGUCAACACUGGGGAUCAAUAGGCCAAUUCAUAAUGUGUGCUUCACAUGGGUGUUGUUUCAACAAUAUGUAGAAACUGGGCAGAUUGAAUCUGAUCUUCUUUGUGCCUCACAUGCUAUGUUGAAUGAGGUGGCAAAAGAUUCUAAGAAAGAAAAGGAGUCUUUGUAUGUUAAGAUAGUAAUAUCUGUACUCAGUUCAUUGCAGGGAUGGAUAGAUAAGAGAUUGCUUAACUACCAUGAGUAUUUCCAAGGAGGGGAUGUUGCACAAAUUGAAAACCUUCUUCCUGUGGUGUUGUCAGCAUCCAUGAUUUUAGAAGAUGUUACAAUCUCUGAUAGAGAAGGGCAAGAGAAAGGAGAUAAAACUAUAGUGCAUUCCUCUGAGGAUCGGGUUGAUGAUUAUAUCCAUUCUUCCCUGAAAAAUGCAUUUGAAAAGAUAAUGGAAGCAGCGAAUGCGAAAUCUGUGGAAUCUGAGACAAAGAAAGAAAUAAGUGAAGUUAUGCUUCAAUUAGCUCAGGAGACUGAAAAUUUGGCAAUGAAGGAAAGAGAAAAUUAUAGUCCAGUGUUAAAGAAAUGGUAUACAAUAGCAGCUGGAGUUGCAGCAUUGACCCUGAACAAUUGCUAUGGACAUGUGCUAAAGCAAUAUUUAAGUGAAAUGACAACCUCAAUGACAGUUGAGACAAUUUUAGUACUGCAGAGGGCUAGAAAGCUAGAAGAUAUUUUGGUUCAAAUGGUAGUUGAAGUCUCUGCUGAUUGUGAGGAUGGUGGCAAAACAGUAGUAAGAGAGAUGGUUCCUUUUGAAGUUGAUUCAACCAUAAUGAACCUUAUAAGAAAAUGGAUAGAUGAAUCACUGAACAAAGUGAAAGAGUGUUUACAGAAAGCAAAAGAAACUGAAACAUGGAAUCCCAAGUCUAAAUCAGAUCCGUUUGCAAAAUCAGUGGCUGAGCUGAUGAAUUUGGCCAAGACAAUUGUGCAAGAAUUCUUUCAAAUUCCAAUAGCAAUAACAGAAGAUUUAGUUCAAGAACUUGCUGAUGAAUUACAAAAAAUCUUGAGAGAGUACACCAUGUUUGUAGCAGCAUGUGGUUUGAAAGAGAACUACAUUCCCUCUCUUCCCCCAUUGACCAGGUGCAAUAGGAAUUCAAAGUUCCACAAGCUGUGGAAGAUAGCUACUCCUUGCAGUGUUAGUUGUGAUUGUCAAAAUCCAAACAUAUAUGGAAUAUAUGAAGCUAAUCAUCCUCAUUCAUGCACUAGCCGAGGAACACAACGCCUCUACAUUCGUUUCAACACCUUACAUUAUCUCCUUUCUCAAAUCCCAUCUCUUGACAAAUCACUCUCCUUAACCCCAAGAUCAGUACUUCCUUCAAAAAUUGGUUUCACAAACAGCUACAAGAUUCAGGGUAACAAUAGCUCUUCAUACUUUGAAACAGUCAACACCUCAAUCCUAGCAGCAUGCCAGCAUGUCUCGGAAGUUGCUUCAUACCGUCUCAUAUUCCUUGACUCAAACUCUUACUUCUACGAUACCCUUUAUGUUGGUGAUGUAGCCAAUGCAAGGAUCAACAAUGGAUUGACAAUCCUCAAGCAUAAUAUCAAACUAAUGAGAGCAAUUCUUACAGAAAAAGCUCAAGCAUUGGCAGUGAAGGAAGUCAUGAAAGCCUGCUUUGAUGCAUUCCUGAUGGUUUUGCUUGCUGGUGGAACAACCCGGAUGUUCAAUGAGUCUGAUCACCAGAGUAUCAAAGAAGAUUUUGACAGCUUGAAGAAGAUAUUCUACAAUUGUGGAGAAGAAUUGAUAGCAGAAAAUGUGGUGGAGAAAGAGGCUGAGGUAGUGGAAGGAGUCAUAGCAUUGAUGGGUAUGAGUACUGAACAAUUGAUGGAAAACUUUAGUCAUUUAUCCAGUGUGACAAGUGGGGUAGGAGUCAUUGGUAAUGGGCAGAAGUUGCCAAUGCCUCCAACUACUAGAAAAUGGAAUAGAGGAGACCCCAACACAAUAUUGAGGGUGUUGUGCUAUAGAAAUGACAGAGUUGCAAAUCAUUUCUUAAAAAGGGCAUUUCAAAUAGCAAAGAGGAGAUGA